AUGAAUCAGUGCUAUCAAAAAGGCAACUUGGAAGCGUGCGACGCUGAAGAGAAGACGUUCGAGCAGUUUAGUUAUGGUAUUCAGGCCCUAUCGACUAAACUGAGCAGCCGGGAUACUCGAGGAAGACCAGCUCAUGCGAUUGUUCCAGGGAUCAAUGAAUGCGCUUUGCUAUGGAUUCCGACAGCACAAAAUCGCACAGUGCCAUGUCUCACGAACGUAGAUCGCGCCUAUCUGGAAUCCGUCAGGCGCUUUGCUAUGGAUUCCGACAGCACAAAAUCGCACAGUGCCAUGGACUGGAUCAAAGGUGACUUGGCCACGUGA